GGUGAACGCAUUGGCCGUCACUUCACUCUUCACUCAAACAUUUGUGUUUUGUUUUGACUUUCAAUUCAUUUCAAUUGCAAUCAAACGUUCAAUCAUUCAAUCAUUUCAUCACUUAUUUGGCCAUCAAUUAGACCGUCGAUUGUAUCCAUGCCUUCAAUUUUUUGUAUGAUUUUUGGCAAAUGUUUGUGUCAUCCCAUUUGACAGUGAAAUAGCGAAAUAAAUGAUGGGAGGAAUCGGCGAGAAGAUUGUUGUGGUCUUGUGGGCAAUGAUUCCCUCAUUUGGUCUCUUUCUGAUGGUCUCUCUUGUAUUUGCAUCACUCGGUCUGUCCAUCGGUUUCCGAAAGUUUUAUAUUUAUAUACUUUUGACAGUAUUUGAGUUUGGCCGAAAACGCAUUGAAAGGGAGAAGAGAUUGAGUCGCGACGAAUUGGAGGAUAACUUUGAAACUGAAAAAUAUAAUGGUAUUAAUAGUCGAAGUAAUGGUUCCGUUGGUAACAACAUCGGCGGUGAUUUUGUCCGCAAUAAUAACGAGUCGGACAAAGACUCUAAACACCAGUCUAUGCAUGAAAUGGAGCUGAAGAUCGAGAAGAAAGAGUUUGAUUUGUCUGAUGGCAUGAAUUUUAUAAAACAGGGCAUUGAGGCCAUUGUUGACGACGAAGUCACCAAACGGUUCGCCGCCGAAGAACUGUUGUCAUGGAAUCUGUUAACGCGGACUAAUAAGAACUAUCAGUACAUAUCAUUGCGGUUAACGAUAAUGUGGGGCAUCGGAUGUCUUAUAAGAUAUCUGAUUUUGAUGCCAACGCGUGUCAUAAUAACGAUAAUCGGUGUGUUUUGGUUGGUUUUGUGUACAGCCAUUACCGGUUGUAUUCCCGACGGAAGACUUAAACGUUAUAUCUAUUGGAAUGUGAGUCUAAUGUGUUUCCGAAUCCUUUCGCGAGCCUUUUCGGGAAUCAUCACAUUUCAUGACAGACACAAUAUGGCCAAAGAGGGCGGCAUUACUGUCGCCAAUCACACCAGUCCUAUAGAUGUGGCGAUUCUUGCCUGUGAUAACUGUUACGCUUUGGUCGGCCAAAGACAGGGCGGCUUUUUAGGAGUACUUCAGAGAGCGUUAGCGCGAGCGACGUCUCACAUCUGGUUCGAGAGAUUCGAGAUCACAGACCGAGAACUGGUCACUCGACGGCUCAGAGAGCACGUGGAGGACCCCAAUAAGUUGCCGAUUCUCAUCUUCCCUGAGGGCACGUGUAUUAACAACUCAGCCGUUAUGAUGUUCAAGAAGGGCUCCUUUGAAGUCGGAGGUCGUAUAUAUCCCGUCGCCAUCAAAGUA